AUGUCUGUCGCUUGGUUGUGGACUUCGGGUGACGAGCGUGUCCGAGAUGAACUACUUGCCUCAACGUCUUCGGGUCGUGGAAAUGCCAUGACUGGCUGUGGCAUUGUUGCCUCUAGCAGUUAUGUUCUGUGUAUAAUUGUCAUAAACUUUGUUUCUUCAGUUUUCUUUUCUCAGUGUAGCAGAGUUGGAUACCGUUCAGCACUCCAUACCUCGAUAAAUCUAAUCACUCUGAACCCACGGUGUGAAUAUCCUCGUUACCUUGCCCCCAGUGAGUACGCCGCAUACUUUGUACGAAGCAACGUCGUGGCUGUAAUCGGCGCCGGAUUUUCACAACUCGAAACGACUGGCUCAGCAAAAUUACGUGACACAAUUCUUCACUUCACGCCACUUGGCAUACCUUUGCUUCGUUUCCCGUAA